UGCAUCCGUAGUUUUUUUUCUCUACAUGAAGUGGAUACGAGUAAUAUUGGUUUUCUUUUUCACUGAUCCUGUAAGUCGUGCAGUGGUGAAAUUGAAUUUACCCUACAAGAGUUGUUGUAGUUCAGUGAGGAAUGGAAGACUUGGAGGAGUCGAAGUCAUACGGUAGUAUGGAUUCUAAUGAACGACCACCAAAGCCACCAUUGAUGAAGUCAAGGAGGAAUAUGUUUGAACAAAGUUCUAGAGAGUAUCGUCAAUCGUCUGUUUCACCAUCUCCUGCGUCAAGCUUUGUGGAAGAAAACUUGAAGAAAGCGUCGUGUAUGAUAUCCGCUUCACUGGAAAACAGAGACGACACAAGUAGUAUACCCCCUGAGUAUACCAGUAGCACAAUUCCUAUUUCCACGCCGCCAUUGACAAUAUGGACGAGGAACACAAUUCUUUCAGCCAGUAUUUCUAAUCGUCAACCUGCUUUCAAAACGACAUUUCGGACCGCCACCAAAAGCGAAGUGGAUGAUGCAACGUCUAGUGCGCUGGCAAAAGUGGAAGACGUCAAAAACUGGACUUCUGCGUUCAGCCCCUGUGGUAAACGUGCAUUGCCGGAGAGUCCAUCUCCUCAGUUUGAAAUGGACGCCUUAACGCCAUCCAAAGGUUCCAAUACUGAAGUUUCUGCUGGAAAGACACGUGAAACCUUGGAGCAACCUGAUGCAUGUGAAUUGCCGGUUGGAAGCAGGCGUCCUAUCCCACAAUAUACAGACUCUUCUAAGGCUAUGGCUCAGAAUCAGGACCCAGACAGGCGUUCUAAGUGUAAAACAUUACAGAGGUGUCAGGUUUGCCAAAAGGAGUUCCAGUACGUUUCUCGCCUCCGCUAUCAUGAACGUGUUCAUACUGGAGAUCGACCAUUCAAGUGUGAUGUAUGCGGGAAGUCUUUCACUCGUUCAGAACAUCUCUGUGUUCAUAAACGUACUCAUACUGGAGAUCGACCAUUCAAGUGUGAUGUAUGCGGGAAGUCUUUCACUCGUUCAGACAAUCUCUGUGUUCAUAAACGUACUCAUACUGGAGAGAGACCGCACAAAUGUAAGACAUGUGGCACAUCGUUCUUGCGAUUGCCAGAUUUACGCAGACAUGAACGUAUUCAUUCUGGUUAAAGACCUUUUACGAGCAAGACAUAUGUAUAGUCAUUCACACAGUCAUCCCAACUAUGAAAGUAUACAAACAGGAGAAGUCUUCAAGUCUUCGUAGACACAAGUGUGAUUUAUACAUAAAACGAAGAGCCUAAAAGGCGUUAGAAAGUGUUUUAGUAUUGUAUGAAAAUGCAUUUCUCCUCUUCGUGCGCAUGAAUUUUACGAACAAGAGAGAGAGUGUGUGUGUGUGUGCGUGUGUGUGCGUAUGUGUGUGUUUGUGUGGUAGAAAAAUAGCCCAAUGUCAUAUUCGCAGUAGUUUGAAAACUGUCCAGUCUUUGAUGCUAUUCACACAAGUCUGAUUGUAGCCACACACGCAAUAGACUAUGACAGUGCAGAUUCGCAAGCUGAUGUGGAUUAUGUACUUCCGUAUUUCUCUUUCUUUCCGAGUAUUCCAUGAUCUUGUUCUCAUGUAUUAUGUCAGAAGGUAAUAAUAUUAUUUUAGCAUAAUAUUUGAUCUGAGAACGUUUUAUUUCAUUCAGAUUGCAGAUAUGUUCGCAAGUUUUGUUGACUUAAAUAAAGCAUGUCUUAGAA